AUGAGCGUGAACACUACCACUUUACUGAUUCAGACUAAUCUUGAUACCAAUGGCAAGAUGGAUCCUUCUAGUACUACUACUCCCACAACGACCAACCAGGUGGCGCUCCUUACUUAUCGAUUAGACCAAGCGAUUCGUGAACGUGAUGCUCUAGAGGCCCAGAUCAAGCGGAAAUUAGCCAUGUUGAAAGAUACCAGCCUUCUUCAACUCACUACAGGGAUCCCCAACGUUAAGCGGCUCAAUCUUUUCAGUAUCCGCAAGUUCAAAGCCCAUACUAGACCCAUCAGGGCGGUGUCGUGGUCCAGAGACUCGUGCCAUAUUGUGUCGGCAUCUGAUGAUAAUAAUUUGAUCAUUUGGAACUCGCGGACGAAAUUAAAAGAGCAUUUUGAACCGUUGCAAGUCGAUGAUCAUUACGCUUUUGCGUGUGAUAUCAGCCCCGAUAACAAUUUAGUGGUCUGCGGAGGCCUCAGUAAUUCUGUAUCAAUUUUCAGGAUCCGUAAUAAUAAUAAUAAUAAUAAUAAUAAUGGCUCGAUGCAUUAUGGGGAUAGGAAUGAUGGGGGAGUGGUCAAUCGUGACAAUAUAAUUUAUGGGGCGGAUCCUAUUCAACUUGAUACGUCAUUAUCGUCGUCAUCGAUCGUAUGUCGGUUCAAAGACCAUACUGAUUGGGUGACGGGGGUGAAAUUCGUGAGCAAUCAUGAACUCAUAUCGACGUCUAGUGAUCGGAAAUGCUAUCUCUGGGAUAUCAAUAAGGGCACCAAGACCAGGAGUUUUGCAGAUAAUUUGUCGGAUAUCACUGGACUAAGUCUUUCACCGGCCAACGAGAAUGUGUUUAUAACCCUGAGUGCCCAAGAUUCCACGGUGCGAUUAUACGAUAUCCGCGACCCCAACAACGCUGGGCUCGUGGAGCAGUUUGGUCCGGUGGGCGACGAUGCCACCGCAGUGGAAUUCUUCCCCAGUGGUAAUGCGUUUGCUGUGGGCACUAAAGAGUCGACGAUCUCGUUGUUUGAUAUUCGGUCGGGAAGCAUCAAGAUGGAAGAGUUCAUGCUACCGAUUUCUAGCAUUACUCAAGCCCAGCUUGCCACCAAUCCUAGUCCCACCUCUACUCGAUUCAAGCAGGGUUCAGGACGCAAUAAUCAUAAUAAUUUAUCGAAUAAUGCGAGUAGGAGGGGUAGUGGAGGAGGAAUGGCAACCAUCAACGUCGAUGGGGUUGAGUGUUUGAGUUUUUCCAACUCAGGAAGAAUCUUGUUCAUCACUACCCAGGACUUGGGGUGUUUUGCGUUCGAUAUUUUGAAAGGAGAGAUGAUCCAAGAAUUGGAUAAGUAUAGCUCAUUGGUGAAAGUGAGUCCUGAUGGCUACGCGGUGUUAACUGCUUCUACUCCACAGCAUUGUAUGGAAUUAUGGACGUUUAUGUGA